GAUAUUCUAUAGAUGUUGUUUGGUUUGUGUUGUGGUUUAUUCUCUGAAGAAAAUGAUCGAAGUCAGUGCUCAUCUGAUUGGAGGCCCAGUUUAUUUUGCAGGAGAUAGAAUUUCUUGCCGGGUUACGUUUAGCAAUGUACGUCAAACGGCAGGCUCUGCUCAGAGUUCUAUUGCUACCAAAAAAUCGGAGGAUGUACUAGGUUGGGCAAGUGCGCAAGUGGUAUGUGUUUGUACCAUUAAUCCGCAAAAGGUUUUGGUUGUGGAUUCUAUUUCCAACUGUAACACUUCUAUGACAGUCAAUAGCACAUCACUGUCUCCUAAAGCUGGAGAGAGAGGCUUAGUUAUCUUUUCUACCAAACCUAAAAUCCUGGUUUGUGAUUUAACACUACCUGAUGACAGCAAUACAGACUAUCUAUACCAAGAAACAUUACCUAGCAAUCUACCUCCAUCAUUUCGUGGCCAAGCCAUAAAGUACUCAUAUAAACUCAAAAUUGGUUUGCAGAGAGUAGGGGCACCAGUAAAACUACUUAAUGUGCCCUUUAGACUGAUGACAUGGCAGUUGUGUGGGUUACCCAACUGCCAGGAUGAACAAGGAAUUGUUGUAUCAAAUCCAUUUUUGAAGACCAGUCAAUGUGUGAACCCAGAAUUUGAUGACCCAUUGGAAACCAUUCAGUUGUUGACCUCCAGAAGAAGUCCUAGUGUUUAUAAAGUCACAAAUGGGAAUGGGAAAGUUGUAAAUUUGUGCUUGUUCAAAUCUGGAUAUAGACUAGGAGAAGACAUUGUAGGAACAUUAGACUUUUCUGCUUCUAAUGUUUCAUGUAUUCAGUAUUCAGUCAGCCUACAAAGCCAAGAAGUGGUUCCUGAAGAAAAGCGCCGAAGAAUUGGACCUCAUUCCAAAUUUGCUGACGAAAUUGUGACGUCCUACUCUAAGCAUCAUGAAUUUUGCAUAGGAUUUCUUCAAACCCAUCUAUCGCUUCCUGUACCGUUACACGUUACACCGUCUUUUGACACGGAUAUGGUGGCUUUAAAGUGGAGACUGCACUUUGAAUUCGUAACCGCCGUGACACCUUUACGUUGGAGCGGAGAGAACAAUUGGGAGCCUCCUACAUCGAUGGACAUAGAAACAAUGGUAUGGGAUUUACCCAUUACGAUAUACCCAACGACGCCUGCACACGUUUCAAAGGCGUUGUAUGGUACGUGUGAUGCAACGGUUAUAUUAUAGAACGUGUGAUCAAUAGCUGUCUAUUCACCAAAAACAUACAUAUGCAUUACAUUUU